AUCCUGGAUUUCCUGCCCUCUCCCGCUGCUGCUGGUCGGCUACAUUGUAUCAGUUCCCACACGAAGAACCACCGCGGUGCUCAUCCAGAAACGCUGAAUUACGGAGGAAUUAACCUGGAUGGAACAUUACUCGCUGUGGGAUUAAACCAGAAGGUGACGGGGAGGGAUUGGACUCUUGUCGGGCUUGAGACGGCACCGAUACAAUGCCCUCCGGACUGGGUUGUUUUCGAUGUGGACGGUAUCUCCAAGUGUGAUGGCAGAAGUCCAGUGAAUCGCUGGCCUCCCCUCCUCUCUUGUGUUGGAUGUCUUGGGGAGUGCGCUGCCACUGCUUUCUGGUACUUAAGAUUUUUAGAGGUUUUAUUGUAAUUUAGACCCGUUACUGUGAUCUCUUCUUGUAUAUGGAGUGCACCCCACCAUGGACGGAGCGGGGUAUGGAAUAGGAGUGGCUAGUUAAGUCGGACACAAUGUGGUUAAAUGGGACAGGAACGAGUACACCGUGAGGAUUCUCUAACCCCUGCCCCUGAGUCCCAACCGUCUGAGCGGGUGUCGGACCUCACUGAGGCAAUCCUGGGCCGUUGGCACUAAAAUGUCCCUAAGUGGUGGCACUGCAGGCGGGAAAGGUGUGGACUCGAAUGCGGUGGACACUUACGACAGCGGGGAUGAGUGGGAUAUUGGCGUUGGAAAUCUGAUUAUCGACCUUGACGCUGAUUUAGAGAAGGACAAACUUGAGAUGUCUGGCACCAAGGACGGAAUGGCGGCACCACCGAGUGCAGUGGCGGCGUUGCCCGACAACAUCAGGUUUGUUAGUCCCGUGUCUGGCUCUCAAGGAAAAGAGAGCAAAUCGAAAUACAAGCGCAGUAAGAACUCUAAGGACAAUAGUAGCAAAGCUUCAGCAGGAGAUGGGGGUAAGAAAGAAACUACAGGACGGACUCAAGGGGAGCCAACAGGCACAGCAGCAGGUGCGGGAGCUGCUGGAAACAACUCCACCUCUGGAAAGAACAUGGAGAAAGGGGGCAAAGCCUCCAGAGGUGUUUUGAGUGGUAAAAAGGAGAAAGAGGGGGCAAGUGGAAAAAGUAAGAAGGACAAAACAGACGGAGCCCCAGUUGUGGCGAUAGCUGCUGUGGAGAAGGAUGUUGUGUCUCAAGCUCAAGUUGCUUUGGGGAAUAGUCGUAACACAUCCUUUGAGAACACACAAUCAACAGACUUGGCUGAAGCCAAUCAAAUGGGGAAUAUUGCACUUGAACCAGUUGGGAUAGUACCAGCAUUGACCACAAAAACUGAACCAGAGGAGGUGGAGAAUGGAAAUAGUGAAUGCAAGCCACUGAAGAAGGUGAAAAAUGAAAAGAUGGAGUCUCCUGUCUCCACGCCAGCCCCUCCCCCUCUCCACCUCCUGGCCACAGUGGGCAACAGUGAGAUUUCCUCGCCGUGUGAGCAGAUAAUGGUGCGCACACGCUCAGUGGCGGUGAACACAUCUGAUGUGGCCCUGGCUACUGAACCUGAGUGUUUGGGACCCUGCGAGCCCGGCACCAGUGUCAAUCUGGAAGGCAUUGUGUGGCAGGAAACUGAAGACGGCAUGCUGGUGGUCAAUGUUACCUGGCGAAACAAGACAUAUGUGGGCACCUUGUUGGACUGCACACGGCAUGACUGGGCUCCCCCCAGAUUUUGUGAAUCCCCUACAAGUGAUCUCGAGAUGAGGAACGGCCGUGGGCGAGGUAAACGAAUGAGACCGAAUAGCAACACACCUAUCAACGAAAACAGCAACUCAUCAGACAACAAGGGCGCCACCAACAACAAAACGCGUGCUGCCUCUAACAGUAAGGGCCGGAGGGGAAGCCAGACGCCAUCAGAACGUCGCACCCCACCUAACAGCAACACAGAGGAUAUUAAGGCCAGUCCCUCCUCAGCUGGAAAACGCAAGACCAAACCAGCCUCAGACAUGGAACCUAAUUCCAGCUCAGAGGAUACCAAAGGCAACAAACGAAUGAGGACAAACUCCAGUGGAGGGGUAGGACCAACAGGUCUCCCUAUCCCUUCUAUUAAGACUGAGCCACUUCCGCCUCCCCUAGAUCGCACCUGCCCCUCUCCAGUUCUUAUUGACUGCCCACACCCUAACUGCAACAAGAAAUACAAGCACAUCAACGGUCUGAAGUACCACCAAGCACGUGCCCACAAUGAUGAUGACAUAAAGUUGGAAAUAGAUGGAGACAGUGAAUAUGGAGAGGAUUCAACUCUCCACCCUGAGCCAGGAAACUGUAAUGGAGCAUCAAUCUCUCAGAAAGGAUGCUUAUCCCCAGCACGUUCAGUGACCCCAAAAGGUAGAAACUUUGAUGCUCAAAGUCCUUCCCCUUCGCCUGGGAAGUUUGGUUCAAAACAGAGUAAAAAGAAAAUCACUGAGACGGAUCCAGAAACUGGUGGAACACCAAUGGAUGGAUGUGAUGAUGGUCUGUGCCUCACUGAUGAGGCCAGUAAUGAUGGUAUAGAUGAUAAGAGAGACAAGUCUAAAAAGGGCACAAAAGCAGAUAAAAUGGCCCAGAAAAAUCUGAAGUCGCCAAGGCCCAUUGGUGCUGGCUCCACAUCAUCACAACAGAUGUACUCCUUUCCUCCAGGAAACCCAAACACUUCCCCUGGGCUUACCCCAAUGAUACAAGGAAUCCCCAAGAGUCCCCAAAUGAAAGGCACACAACCUAAACCCCCUGCCAUUGGAGAACCUGCCUCAAGUAGCUCCAAAGACAAGAAGAAGAAGGACAAGAAGAAAAAAGAUGGAGUGAAAGAGGCUGACAGCCCCAAGCCUCCGGGAAAGGGAGGAAAACCGGAGGAAGCAAAGCUCCAAUACCCUGAACCUUCUGAUCAAGGAAAGGUGGAAGGACUGCUGAAUGGUUCAUCAGACCCUCAUCAAAGUCGCUUGGCCAGUAUGAAAGCUGAAGCUGACAAGAUUUACAGCUUUUCUGACAAUGCCCCCAGCCCAUCCAUUGGUGUAGCCAGUCGGAUAGAUGGUAGUGGAAUGCCCCAGCCUCUCACACCAAUACAUGGGGCGAACCAGAAUGGUGCAGACAACUCAUCGGUCAAAACAAAUAGUCCAGCAUAUUCAGAUAUUUCAGACGCUGGAGAGGAUGGUGAAGGGAAAGUAGACGGUGUCAAAGUCAGGACAGAGGACCAAGCCAUUAGGGAAAGUGUCAAAAAAACACUCUUUCCAAACCAGCCACCCAGCAAGGAGUCCCCAUACUAUCCUGGCUAUGAGACGUAUUACUCGCCCAAUUACGUCAACCCCAGUCCCAGUGGGCCCAAUCCAGGCAUACCAGGGGCAGAGGGUCAGGUGAAAAUCAAAAAGGAUGAGGACCAGGAACAAGUUGAGGAAAAAGUCAAGGUCGAGGUUCAUGAAGACCGCAAACCUGAUGGAGUUGCUCCUGGCCAGCAGCAACAGCAACAGCAACAACAACAACAACAACAACAACAACAACAACAACAGCAGCAGCAGCAGCAGCAGCAGCAGCAGCAGCCCUCAGUCAUCCAACAGCGAUCCAACAUGUACAUGCAACCUCUUUACUACAACCAGUAUGCCUAUGUCCCUCCAUACGCAUACCAUCCUGAUCAAGCCUACCAUAACCACUUAAUGAACACCAACCCAGCCUACCGGCAACAGUACGAGGAACGGCAGCGACAGAUGGCUGAGCAGCAUCGGGCUGCUGAAAAGAAGUCAGAUGUAGCCAUAAAAGAACGAGAAGCCUCCAUGAAGGAGGAGUGGAAACAGAAGAGCCCGAUGCCACCAAGCCUUUCCAAACCCUCAAGUCAGUCAGACCUUGGAAAGACGCCUCAGCCCCCAGGCAAAUCGCGAGAUUCGCCCUCUGAGCCCUCCCCCAAAUCCAUUGGAAGCCUAAAGGGGGAGGACCCAAAGUCCCAGCAAGCUGAGGGGCUAAAGAUGAAGCUGACUGAAGGGGGCCACCAUGGAAAGGAGGACCCCAAGCAAGCACUAGAGUCCAGAGGUCAGGCAGGGAUGGAACAGGCCAUGUGGUAUAGACAGCAGUACCCUGAGAGCCAGAAGCCCCAAGCAGAGGAUGAACACCAGCAACAACAACCUCGAUGGAAAGAUGAAAGGGACCGAGAACGAGAACGGGAUCGUAAAUUAAAGGAUGACAGGCCCAGGCCCAAGGACAGUCAAAGUGGGCCAAAGGAGGACGGCAAAGAGGGUGGUGAUCCCAGGAUCAGUUCUGAGGAUCACAGGGCCAUGAACAAAGACUCUCGUUCUAACCCUCACAUGCAGUUCUCAUCACCACUAGCACAGCACCAAGGCUACAUGCCCUACAUGCAUAGUUACCCCUAUGGACAAGGGUAUGACCCCAACCACCCUGGAUACAGGAGCAUGCCUUCGGUAAUGAUGCAGAACUACCCAGGCUCCUACCUGCCUGGAGGCUAUCCCUUUUCUCCGUAUGGCAGUAAAAUAGCCGGGGGUGAAGAAGGCAAUGACAAAUCUCGUGUUAGCCCUACUGUCUCCAAAACAGCAACAGACUCCAAAGCUUUGGAUAUCCUGCAUCAGCACGCCAGCCAAUACAAGAGCAAAUCCCCGACAGUAGGUGACAAGCCACCGCAUGACAGGGAGAGGGAGCAGGACAGAGGAGCUGCUGGAGACAGAGAUCGAGAAAGGGAGCGCGAGAGGGAAAGAGAAAGAGAUGUGGACCGACCACGGUCCUCACCCUCCCAACGCAUCAUGCCCUCACACCACCACCUGGGAUACCCGCUGCUCUCAGGGCAAUACGACCUGUCCUACGCUACAGGGAAACCUGACCGUCACACCUCAACCCUGCAAAGAUUCAUGUGACUGGCUCACAUGUGAAGAGAAUCUCCCGGGUGUUACCUUUUUAGACAUCAGUUGAAUGGUGUUUCUAUCUAUAUUUUUAGUUCUUCUGCCCGGAGGCGAGGCAGAUUGUCGUUUUUUUUUUUGUUUGUUUGUUUUUUUUUUAUCCCUCCCCUCGUAAGUGACCCUAAAUCUUCCCAAACCCCGGACUGUAACAGGACUGGUUCAAGGUUCAAAGCCAUCACUCUGCCUCAGCAUGCAGAGGAAACACCGACCCGCUGGUUAUCUAGUCUUUGCACUGUCAACAAAUACAAUGCAAAAAGAGACUAUUGGACUGCCAGAACAGCUUCUUUUCUUGUUCUUUUUUUUGUCUUUUUGACUGCAUUGUUUUUUGUCACAUGCAGAGAGAAAUUGGCCGGGGACAUUGGGGAGUCAGGUGGCUGAUGGGAAAGGGGAGUCAAACUAAAUUAAAGACUGAGAAGAAAAAGUGAAUCAUAUUGAAAUGAUUUCGACUUUAUGUCUUUGGCUUAUCGAAUGCCGUGAAACAACAGUAUAUCCUAAACUUGACAAACGUUUGGCUAUAUUUCUUGAGGAGAGGGAAUAUGGCAAUAGCUGCUUUCUUCAGAGACUUACGGAGCCUGAGACUGAAGGUUUUUUCAUUCUCCAUCAUCAUUGCUGAUUCCCAUCCUCUUUGAACCCUCACUUCUCGUUUCAGGGAUGAUGUCGUCAUGUUUUAUUGCGAAGGGACCGCGCACACCUCAAUGGAGAAUAAACACUAUUCAUGUUUUCUUUCUCUCGGUAACACUUCAUAUCAUUGUGCUCAUCCUUGAAUGUGUCUGAUGCUGGUGUUAGUCCUGUCUGUCCUCACCACGAGAGGGUCAUGUCUGUCUCUGCACUCACUCAAAGGGGGAAGCCACAUUAGCAAACGGUCAAUCCACGGGGCAUUGUCAUCACUGUGUCAGGCACCUUGUGAGGGGUUUGGUGUUUCACUGUCAGCUUGGGCUUUUUCACCUGGUUAAACUUUGUUUUACUGUAAAAAAAAAUGUGAAACUUCACUUCAAGAUCUCCCAGCUGUAAUAUAGACUUUUAGCCUGUGCAGAAAUGUUUAUAUCUCUCCCAGCAAACAGCUGUUAAAAAACUGCCAGUGUUUGACAUUUUGGGGCUUUCACAGCAUUAACAUUGGGGGCUCAGAUCAUUCAUGCUGCAUAGUUAAUCAAUGUCUCACUCUGCUGCUUCUUUCCAACAGCUUUGGUUGUCUGGCUGCAGAUUUGAUCUUCAUUUAAUUUGCUUGACCUAAACUUUGAAACAUCACAAGCUAUCCUUCACAGCAUGCAGUGUGCAACCAGACCUCUGAAGUGCCGACAACAUCUCAGAUCUUUCUCAGCGAUUAAACGGAAACUCACAUUUCAUAAAAACAAAACGUGAAGCAGUCCGAUUUUUGGGAGGUUUUCAUUGAAAAUUUCUCUCGGUGCUUUGCUUGCUUGUGUGGCUUUACCAAAACACACAUUCAACUCGGACAGCUUUGAGCAUAUUUCAUGUCUGUGUUUCAACCAGCUGGCUUUUGGCUCAGUCUGUUCUAAGCCAUCAGCUUUGUUUAGUCGCUGCCUGUGCUGUAAGAUCAACCACCGGCACAUUAAACCUUAAGUGCAUGAAGUGACCCAAAAAAUCUUUCAGCUGUUGCAAACAUGAACCAAUCAGAUGCAUUCAAUGAUUUCAAGUUAGAAGGAAGGGUGAGCCAACAAACAGCUCGGAGCAAAAGCUAAUACAGUUAAAUUAGUGAAAUGGGACUUUAAUGACGUGGACACGGCCGAGGCAUGAAAGAAGAGAAGCAUGUCGCUUUCUAAUUUUUGAGCUCAAACUCGUGGCAACACUGUAAAUUAAGUCUUGAAAUGUCCUCUCAAAGUGACUGUCAACACAGCCUGUGCUACAAGAAGACCCUCUCUGCUUUAAAUUACACUUUGUUAUACCUCAGGGCUGUAAGUCAAACUCUCUCCCUAUGCUGUUUGCAUUGAUUUUUGAGGGCUUCUCUUUAUAGAUGUGAAAGGGUGCAGUUUCUGCUGCGAGCUGGAUGUGCUGAAGUGGUUCAUUGACAUGAUAAAUUGGCUCAGUCAUGCUGGGAUACACUAAAGUUUUAAACUGUCUUUAGGUUCUUCAGAGACAUUAGAAUGAGAGCAGUGUGGACCAUGCUGUCAUUGAAUUCAGUUUGAUUGAUUUCAGUUUUCAAACACUUUUAAUGUUACCAUUUUUGUAGUUUUCCUCAUUCAACACUGUAUGUGUUCGACUCCAUGACUCACCAGUUAAUCUGUCACCCUGUGAAGUUGGAUUAGAGCGGUUUCAGACACUCAUGGAACUCUUCAUUUCGAGGUUCUUGGACAUUCCCAGUAAAUACGUUGCCAGUUUGUCGUCCCACAGAAGUUCACAAGAUGGUAUAUGUUUUGAUUUUUUGCGCAUUUUUAAGAAGAAUGGCUAAAAUGAUUAAGCUGAAUGUGGUGGUGUUUGAAUUGUACUUAAUCUGUAAGGGUAAUCUAGGCAGCUGUGAUGUUGUCAUUAAAGUCAGUGGGUUUUUAGUACCAGCAGACUGCAUACAGUACAUAUAGUUUUUAUCAGACAAUGGUUGUGACAAGUGCAUUUGUUCUCUCUCUCGCUCUGAGAGUAGUAAUGUUAUCUCAGUAGUAAGCAAAGCCCAGUGAAAAUCCUAUAUACUAAAGUGUAUGAAAAGCCAGAAAAAGUCAUGUUUGCUAUCAACAUAUUGGAAAGUGCUUGGCUCUUGUAUUUUGCAGGACUGUAUUUGUUUCAUGGUGAAGAGUAUAUUUAUUGGCCAGCAGUUGUCUCAAUUGGUGCCUAGUUGAACAUUCUUCUGUGAAAACGCAGAGACACUUGCUCGUUUGUCAUUUCCUGACCCACCUACUGUCACACAAACGCCCCCCACCUUCCCUGCACCCCUCACCCUCCCAAAAAAAGAGUACCAGUCCCGGUGCUUGCAAGGAUGUUUACAAUGUCUUCAUUUUCUUUCUGUGUGAGAAGAUUCAGAACUCUUCACCCUCUCCUUCUCCUCCUCCUCUCUCCCGCCCUUCAGGAGUUUGUGUAAAGUGUACAUUACCAUGGUUCUUUUUUAUACAAUACUCUGUAACUUGCCUUUGUAAAUUUGGGCUGGAAAAAAAUAAAUCUUUUUAUGAGACUA